GGAUUCGGCCGGGGUUAGUAAUAUCCGGAUUUGGGAUUUUAUGCCAAGAAGCAAAAGCAAAGCUAGGGAAUCCACUCGCCAAGAUUCCUCGUCUCGUCUCCUUCCGCGCUCCCCAAGCUCCCUCAACCGCCGCCAAUUCUGCCCAUACAUAGGAGUAUACUGGGGAUAGGGAGUCGCGAGUUCCCCUAGUCCCAAGUUUCCGGAGGAUUUGCUUUCUUCUCUGCUCAGCUCAGCUCAGCUGCCCCCUAGCCGCCAGCAGCACCAACUCCUCCUCCGAGGGAGAAAGGGGAGAGAGGGAGGCUAAGGAAGGAGGAGGAGCGAUGGGUAUACCCAGCGACGAGGUGGUGCAAAUCCGGCACCCCGACGUCGCCGGCGACCCCACCGUCGUCACCAUCAGCUGCCCCGACAAGACGGGCCUCGGCUGCGACCUCUGCCGGGUCGUCCUCCUCUUCGGUCUCAACGUCCUCAAGGGAGACAUGAGCACGGAUGGGAGGUGGUGCUACAUCGUGCUGUGGGUGGUGGCAAGGCGGGGGCGGACCAUGGCGUGGGACCUUCUCAAGGAGAGAUUGGUUGAGCUUUGCCCCGUCUCCUCGCUUUGCGGUCUCGACAGCUCCUAUCUUGCAGCCGCUGGCCUUCAGGAGGAUCUAGAACCCGCCGCCCCUCGGGUCUUCUUGCUCAAGUUCUCCUGCUACGACCGGAUGGGCCUUUUGCAUGACGUGACACACGUGUUGUCUGAGAUGGAACUCACAAUUAGGAGGGUAAAGGUCUCCACCACACCUGACGGGAGAGUGAUGGACCUUUUCUUCAUCACUGAUGCUAGGGACCUUCUACAUACAAAGAACAGAAGGGAAGAAGCUUAUGAAAAACUUCAAAGCGUACUAGGCGACUCCGUGACGAGUUGUGAAAUAGAGUGUGCCACAGAAGACAUGUCAUCUUGCCUCCAAGCGUCUGCACUGUUGCCGCCUCUUGUGGUCGAACAGAUGUUUAACACAGAUCUCAUAGAAGAGCAAUUGAGCCGCUCAAGGUCCAGUAGCAAAUUGUCAGUCACGAUGGACAACUCGCUCAGUCCUGUGCACAGCCUUAUUCAGAUCCAGUGUGGUGACCAUAAGGGCCUCCUAUACGACAUCAUGCGGACAUUGAAGGACUGUGACAUCCAGAUUUCCUAUAGCCGAUUCUAUGCCGGUCGAAAGGACAGGUGUGAGGUGGAUUUGUUUGCGGUGCAAUCGGAUGGGAAGAAAAUCCUUGAUCAGCAGAAACAAAGAGCGCUGUGCUCUCGCCUAAGGAUGGAACUCUUGCAUCCACUCCGUGUGGCGUUGGUGAACCGGGGUCCUGACAUGGAGCUACUGGUAGCAAACCCGGUCGAGAUAUCUGGGAAGGGUAGGCCGCUGGUGUUGCACGAUAUAACCCUUGCUCUCAAGAAUCUUCACAGACGGAUCUUCUUGGCCGAGAUCGGGAGGCAUGUGGUGGAUGAUAGGGAGUGGGAGGUGUACAGAGUGCACCUGGGUGAGGAUGACCAUGAGCUCUCUUGUGCGGUGCGAAGAAAGAUAGUUGAUGGCGUCACCAACAUGCUAAUGGGGUGGGAGUGAUUUCAGCCUUUAUCUAACAAACCUGUGCAGAUCGAAGACCAACUUAAUCUGUUUCAUCUAAAGUUAGGUACUCUUGACUAGUUAGAGAAUAUUGUUGUUGCUGCCCGCUGUAAGUUACUUGUUCCUGACUAGUUACUUAGCUUAGGGUCUAAAGUCAGUAGACUAGAUUGGAUGCACUUGUUGUUCUUGACCUUUUUGGGUGAUUCAGAAGUACUGCUAGUGUGUUUGUGCCUAAUGAACUAGAAGCGGAUGUUCGCGUGAUCC